GCGGGCCCUGCACGGGGCAUUUUGGGAACGCGUGGUAUUCUGGGAGCCCGGCGCCCCGCCAUUCGCUUGUCCCGCGUCUUGGCGUUGUCGCCUGAGUCUCCGCCGCCCCAGAAAGGAAGAGGAGGCCGGAACCGAACUCUCUUCCUGCCAAGAUGUCUAUUGGUGUGCCAAUCAAAGUCCUACACGAGGCCGAGGGCCACAUUGUGACAUGUGAGACAAACACCGGUGAGGUGUAUCGUGGGAAGCUCAUUGAAGCGGAGGACAACAUGAACUGCCAGAUGUCCAACAUCACAGUCACAUACAGAGAUGGCCGAGUGGCACAGCUGGAGCAGGUGUACAUCCGCGGCAGCAAGAUCCGCUUCCUGAUUUUGCCUGACAUGCUGAAAAACGCACCUAUGUUAAAGAGCAUGAAAAAUAAAAACCAAGGCUCGGGGGCCGGUCGGGGAAAAGCUGCUAUUCUGAAGGCCCAAGUGGCUGCGAGAGGAAGAGGACGUGGAAUGGGACGUGGAAACAUCUUCCAGAAGCGAAGAUAAAUUUAUCUAUUGAACAGAACUUUGCCUCUAUUUUUUUUUUUUUUUAGGUUAUCUCAGUUCGGGGGUGGGGGGUGUGUGCUUAUGUAUGUGUCCUAGGUUUUCUUUUGUCAACUUUCUCUUUAGAUCAGAGGAAAUGUUAAACUAAAUAAAUAUGAUUGGUUUGGUUUGGU